GGUGUCUCUGUCUAACGCAUGCGUGAUAAAGAACCGGAAUGUGUUAUCAUUCAAAAUGGCUGCUGCGAUGGAUGUAGAUACUCCUAGUGGAACUAAUAACAGCGCCGGUAAGAAGCGGUUCGAGGUGAAGAAGUGGAAUGCAGUUGCUCUUUGGGCCUGGGACAUUGUGGUUGAUAAUUGCGCUAUAUGUAGAAACCACAUCAUGGACUUGUGUAUAGAAUGUCAAGCUAACCAAGCAUCUGCCACUUCAGAGGAAUGUACAGUGGCAUGGGGAGUGUGUAAUCACGCAUUUCACUUCCACUGCAUCUCUCGCUGGUUGAAGACUCGACAAGUUUGUCCACUGGAUAAUAGAGAGUGGGAGUUUCAAAAGUACGGUCAUUAGUGGCAGACAUGGGCACGUGCUUAAAAUAAUUUGUUCAGAACCUUUUUGGAUAAGAGACCAGCCGAUUUCCUGCUUCGUAUAUAACUACUUAUGUUAAAUUAAAAUGAUUCCCAUGUUUUCUUUUAGAUUUUUAUUUUUUCCCAAUCUAAAUAAAGACACCAAACAAGUGAA